AUGGGUCAGAGGCUGAGUUGCAGAAUUGUGGAGAAUGAGAACAAUGCUCUGUUUGCAGCAAUUGCUAGUGGUGAGUUGGAGGUGGUUGAGGCCUUGUUGGAGAAUGAUGCCACCCUUUUGGAACACACCACUUCUCACGCUACCCUCUCUCCGCUGCAUGUAGCAGCUGUCAAUGGUCGAAUCCAGGUGCUUUCCAUGUUGUUGGACCGGAAUGUGAAAGCGGAUGUCCUGAAUCGCUACAAACAGACACCGUUAAUGUUGGCUGUGAUGCAUGGAAAGAUUAGUUGCGUGGAAAAGCUUAUUCAAGCUGGAGCUAAUAUAUUGAUGUUUGAUUCUUUACGUGGAAGGACCUGCUUGCAUUAUGCUGCUUAUUAUGGCCAUAUAGAUUGCCUUAAGGCUAUUCUUUCAGCUGCUCAUUCAGCACCUGUUGCUCAUUCUUGGGGAUUUGCUAGAUUUGUAAAUAUAAGAGAUGGAAAUGGUGCCACCCCACUGCACCUUGCUGCUCGUCAAAGACGGCCUGAAUGUCUUCAUUCCCUUUUAGACAAUGGGGCUCUUGUUUGUGCUUCAACUGGUGGAUAUGGUUUCCGUGGGAGCACCCCACUUCAUCUGGCUGCCCGUGGUGGAUCGGUAGACUGUGUCCGCAUGUUGCUUGCUUGGGGAGCAGAAAGGCUUCAAUUAGAUUCCUCGGGGAGAAUACCAUUCACGGUUGCUCUUAAGCACAAGCAUAGGGCGUGUGCUGCCCUGCUUGAUCCUUCAUCACCAGCACCACUUGUUUGGCCGUCUCUGUUGAAGUUUAUUGGUGAACUCAAUCAGGAAGCGAAGGCUUUACUGGAGAAGGCCUUGCUAGAAGCUAACAAGGAAAGAGAAAAGACACUACUAAAGGAAGGUGACACAGCCCCAUCUCCACUACAUUCUGAAACCAGAAAUGAUGAUAUUGUCUCUGACUCUGAGUUGUGUUGCAUAUGCUUUGAUCAAGUGUGCACAAUUGAGGUCAGACCGUGUGGUCAUCAAAUGUGUGCUCAUUGCACCUUAGCACUAUGCUGUCUCAAGAAGCCUGAUCUUGCAACUACUUGUGCCACUGCACCAGUUUGCCCAUUUUGCCGAGGUGCCAUUCUUGAAUUAAUUGUUCCCAAGAUCAAGACUAUCUGUGAUACAGAAGUGGAGUCCACCCCAACAAAACCAAGAAGAUCUAGAAAAUCAAAUUUCAGUGAAGGGAGUAGCAGUUUUAAGAGCUUGUCAGCCAUGGGCUCAUUUGGUAGGAUUGCUGGCCGCAAUUCAGGAAAGAUUGAUGAUGCCGAAAAGCAAUGAGGGGUUUGCCUAGCCCUGGUAAUAGCUCAUUGUUUCUUUACUUCCAGGACAGCAGCUGACUGCUAUGACAUAUGAAUGGUGAUUCUAAUCUUGCUCUGGAAAAGCUAGCUACAACAGUAUGUUAUUUGAAUUCAUUUUUUCGCACAAGAUCAUGCAGAUAAUAGGUGAACUAGAUUGUCAAAUGGUCUGUUAGAGGUUUUGUAAUUCAAUUGUCUGUUGGUUGGAAUUCUGGUGGACAUUUGUGUUUUUAUUUCACCAAGUAUAGUAUUCCCGGGGGGAAAAAAGAAGAAGAAA